AUGCCCGGAGCAGCCGCCGCCGCCGCCGCCGCCGUGGUGGGCAGCCGCCGGUGCACGCAGCACGCAGAAGGCCACGCCGCCGUCCUCGCCAUCGGCACCGCGAACCCGGCGAACAUUGUCCUCCAGGCCGAUUUCGCCGACCACCACUUCGGUCUAAGCAACUGCGACCACCUUACCGAGCUCAAGGACAAGAUGAAGAGGAUAUGUCACAAAUCCGCUAUAGAGAAACGCUACUUCCACCUUGAUGACGAGCUCCUUCGUGCCCACCCAGAGUUCAUCGACAAAAACCUUCCUUCCCUUGAUGCUCGUGUAGGCAUUGUCGCCACUGAAGUCCCUAAGCUCGCUGAGUCUGCUGCACGAAAGGCUAUCACUGAGUGGGGCCGUUCAGCCAACGACAUCACCCACCUUAUCUUUAGCACCUACUCUGGUUGUUGUGCUCCUAGCGCAGACCUCCAAUUAGCAUCACUUCUUGGCCUACACCCUUCUGUCUCUCGUACCAUCCUCAAUCUCCAUGGAUGCUCUGGAGGGGGCAGGGCACUCCAACUUGCUAAGGAGCUAGCAGAGAACAAUCAAAGCUCACGCAUCCUUGUUGCUUGCUCUGAGCUAACACUGAUAUGCUUCUCAGGCCCUGAUCAGAGCAACAUUGUUAGCCAUGGGCUAUUCGGAGAUGGUGCUAGUGCCGUCAUUGUCGGUGCUGGCCCCUUGGAUAGCAGUGAGCGCCCACUAUUCGAGAUGGUCGCUGCCUCACAGACGACGAUUCCAGGAACUGGGCAUGCGUUUGGCAUGCAGGUAGCUAGUGGUGGCAUAGACUUCCACCUCUCUAUCCAGGUGCCGAUGCUAAUCACACAAAACAUCCAGCAGUGCUUGCUCGAUGCAUUCCAUUCAAUUGGAAAAGUGGAUCCUAACUGGAAUGACCUCUUCUGGGCGGUUCACCCGGGCGGCCGUGCGAUAUUGGAUAACAUAGAGGGUGUGCUCAAGCUGCAACCAUGGAAGCUAGAUGCUAGCCGUCAUGUGCUGAGCGAGUAUGGAAACAUGAGUGGUGCCACAAUUGCGUUCGUGCUCGAUGAGCUGCGUCGUCGCCUAGACAAGGAAGAAAAUAAGAAGCAUGACCCUGAGUGGGGUAUCAUGCUAGCCUUUGGGCCAGGAAUCACAAUUGAGACAAUGGUACUUCGUGCUCCAGUUCCAUGUGGUCUCAAGGAAAAUUAA